AUGCAGCGCGAGUCCGAGGUGCUGCGCAGCUUCCUGCGCUUCGACAUCGGCGGCGCAGACUCGGACGGGGAGGCGGAGGCGGGCCGCGACAGCCCGGGGCCCGCGGCCAGGGCCUUCCGCCGCGCCGCCGCCGCCGCCGCUGGCUCGGCCGCACCAGCGUCGAGACGCCGCCCCCGCUCGCAGCCGCUGCCGGUGCCCAUGGAGGGCGGGAAGAAGCUGUCGCCCUUCCAGCAGAUCAUGCGGGAGAUCAAGAUGAAGCGCAACGCCGCCAACUCGCGCGCCUCGCGCUCCAGGAGGUCGCGGCGCGUGGUGCAGGAGGAGGAGUACACGGACAAGGACCGCGCCGCGGCCGCCAACAUGGGCUCCCGCGACAUCAAGCAGUCGCUGCGGCUGAAGCGCAAGCAGGAGCGCAGCCGCGCGCUGCAGAUACCCGAGGAAGCGCGGCCCGGUGCGCUGCUCGCGCUGGGCAGCCGCGAGAUGCGGCGCGGCAACCUGCGCACCGCCAUCGGAUUCGUCCACAAGGCGCUGGAGCUGAACCCGCGCGACAAGAACGCGCUGGUGUGCCGCAGCAAGUGCCACCUGCUGAUGGGCGAGCCGCAGCUGGCGCUGCACGACGCAGAGGCCGCGCUGCGCAUCGACAAGAACUUCGUCAAGGCUAUCUUCCAGAAGGCGGAGGCGCUGUACAACACGGGCGACUUCGAGCACAGCCUGAUGUUCUACCACCGCGGACAGCGCCUGCGCCCAGAGCUCGACGCCUUCCGGCUGGGCGUGCAGAAGACGCAGCAGGCCAUCCAGAACACCAUCGGACAGGCGCUGACUGGCCCCGAAGCGAGACGGGCUCUGCGCUGCCAGUCGGCCCGGCGGCCGUCCGAGGAGGAGGCGAGCAGCGGGGGCGGCGGAGGCGGCAGCGGCGCCACCAGCACGGGGCCCGCCUCCAGGUCCGGCUCUGGGGCCAGCGGCGGGGGCGGCAGCCGGUCUAGGGAGCGCGCCAGGUCCCCCAGCGGCCGCCGCCUGCUGGGCGAGCUCUGCGUCGACAAGGAGUACCUGGAGCAGCUGCUGCAGAACCCCGAUAUAAACAGUCUGCAGCCGAACGGUGCCAACAUCAUAGCUGCUGAAGCUGAGGAGGCGGUCUCGUUUCUAAAAACGCGGCAGGAGUUCUGGCGACAACAGUACCCAAUCAGCAUUAACGCAUCGAAACUGAAGACACACAGAAACUAG